CGGUAGCAUGGCACCCACGGUAAAAAUCUUAGGCUUACUUCUCAUUGCAUAUGACAUGUUUCAACCGGCAUUGGGUCAGAAUAUUGAAUUAUGGCCUGACGCAAGCGUUUAUGAAAAGAAGCCAGCACUUAGAAGUGGAGGACCGCUUCCAGCCAACCAAGAACCGAACAAACAGGGUAUCGGCGUGCCUCAGAGAGAUGUAAAUGGUGUUCUAUCAAAACUUUACAAGAUGGGUCUCCAAGGCAAACCAAUCGUCCUUGUUUUAGACAAUCAAAAUCAACCGAAUCCCAAUUCUGGUAGCGUCGAAAAUACCCCUAAUCAAUAUAUACCCUUGAAACAUCACUCGAAUAACGCUGGUCAAAGGUUCUGGAACAAACAGAGAAGUGAGUCUGGCAGUACCAAGAAGAAAUUGAAAGUUAGCAACGGCAAUCAAAAGAAACAUGUAAAGUUUCGUGACUCAACUUUCUAUAGACAAAACAACGCGUUGGACACAAAUGACAGACAAAACCGAAACGACAGACUCGAUGAAAAUCGAAAUGAUGAAAAUAAUAGGGAUGAAAGAUUAAAUAGAAACGACAGAUUAGACGGAUAUGACUUCAAUGACAGAAACAACCGAAAUGGCAGGAUUGAAAGAAAUGACAGACGUGAGGAGAAUAGGCUUGAUGCAUAUGACAGGAAUGAAAGACUAAAUAGAUACAAUCGACUGGAACGAACCUCUUACGAUAGAAUUAACCGAUAUGAUUUAAAUGACAGAUUUAAGCGAAAUGACAGAAUUGAGAGGAGUGAAAGACGUGAUGAUGAUCGACUAGAAGCAAGUGAGAGAAACGAAGAAUUAAAUAGAAACUAUAGGCUUUCUCGAAAUAACCGCUAUGAUACAAAUGACAGAAUUAACCGAUAUGAUUCAAUUGACAGAACUAAUCGACGUGAAAGACUGGAGAAAAAUGAUAGAUUUGAAAGAAGUGACAGAUUCGAUAGACGUGAAGAUGAUUGGCGUGACGACAAUGACAGAAAUGAAAGAUUAAAUAAUAACAACGAACGGAACAAUCGGUAUGAGUCAUAUGACAGGAUUGACCUAAAUGAUAGAGAUAAUCAAAAUGAGAGAUAUGACAGAAUUGGGAGAAGUGACAGAUUUGAGAGAAAUAACAGACUUGAAAGGAGAGACAGAGAUUUAAAAAAUGACAGGCUUAUAAGAAGGGAUAGACUUGAGAGAAGUGACAGACUUGAGAGAAGUGACAGACGAGAAGAUGAUCGGAUUGAUGCAAACGAAAGAAAUGAAAGAUUAAACAGAAACAGUAGGCUAGCCCGCUUUGAUAGAUUUGCAAGGAAUAGAAGAGAAAGAAGGAAUGACAGAAAUUUAAGGAAUAGACGUGACAGAAGACAACGUGUGAAAACAAGUGACAGACGAGUAAGAUUUGAAAGAGAUGAGCUUGACAGACGCGACAGAGACUUAGCAGUAAGAAGUGAAAAUCGUGACCGAUACAAUGAUAGGGUAGACAGAAAUGAAAAUAGUGACAGACAUAGUGAAAAUCGUAAUAGAAAUAACAAUAGGUUGGAACCUGAUGAUAGACGAGACAGGAAUAAUGAUAGAUCAGAAAGGAAUGAUAGACGUGAGAGAUAUAAUGAUAGGUUUGAUAGAAAUGACAGACGCGAUAAAUACGAAAGUCUUGAUAGAAAUGAGCGAUAUGAUGACUAUUUCAGACUAGGUAAAUACUACAGAGAAAAUAAAAAUGAUAGAGAGCAAGUAUUAGAAACCUAUAACCAAAAUGUCAAUUUGUUACAAAGCCGAGAUGAUUCCUCACAAUAUGAAACACAAACUAAAAGAGAAGAGGUAAGAAAACCUAGACAUAGAUUCAGAAGUCGUUAUGGUUCCAAAUAUGGAAACGAUAAGGGUCAAGAAUUAGACAGGGGAAACGAAUGGGAAUCGUCGAAUAGGAAUCGCGAGAAUAGAGAAAGGGAAGAAGGAUACGGGAAUGCAAUGUAUGACGAUUACGACUAUAAUAGUGAAGGUAAAUAUAAAAUCCGCUCAUCUCUCGCCAAAUACCAGCUUCGUAACUCACACAUACCAGAAUGCCAUGCGCUGAUCAAUUGUAGGGAUCAAUGUGAUAAAAAUAAAAAAGGAAAAGAUAAAGAAAAGUGUUCCAACAACUGCGAAAUGGUGUACCUCUGUAAAGAUGACAAAAAAGACGAUUGCGAUUCUGAUGAUGAUUGCAAAUUAAGUGACGAAUGUGGUGGUGAUUCUGAUGAAUGUGGCGACGAUAAUCCUAGCACACGAGGCGUAACAAUUGAAUAUACGCCAUCUGAUUGUACACGAUGCAAGAAAUAGAAAGAUUUAAUAAAUUU